GAGCGCGCGUGCGAAGGCCCGCCCGGCCAGGGCCCCGGGCGCUCCCAGAGGCCGGCCGCGCUCCCAGCCUGCCCGAAGCCCAUGCCCGGCGGCUGGUCUGUGCUGCAGCUGGAGAGGGGGCCCAGCUCUGCAUGGCCCCGGCUGCUGACAUGACUUCUUUGCCGCUCGGUGUUAAAGUGGAGGACUCCGUCUUCGGCAAGCCGUCUGGGGGAGGCGCGGGUCAGGCCCCCAGCGCCGCUGCGGCCACAGCGACCGCCAUGGGCGCAGAUGAGGAGGGGGGCAAUCCCAAAGUGUCUCCUUCGCUCCUGCCCUUCAGCGUGGAGGCGCUCAUGGCCGACCACAGGAAGCCCGGGGCCAAGGAGAGCGCUCUGGCGGCCUCCGAGGGCGCACAGGCGGGGGGCGGCUCCGCGCAGCCCCUGAGCGGCCGGCCGGGAUCGCUGGGCGCCCCGGACGCGCCCUCCUCUCCGCGGCCGCUCGGCCAUUUCUCAGUGGGAGGACUCCUCAAGCUGCCAGAAGAUGCGCUCGUCAAAGCCGAGAGUCCCGAGAAGCCCGAGAGAACCCCGUGGAUGCAGAGCCCCCGCUUUUCCCCGCCCCCGGCCAGGCGGCUGAGCCCCCCAGCCUGCACCCUGCGCAAGCACAAGACAAACCGUAAACCGCGGACGCCUUUCACCACGGCGCAGCUGCUGGCGCUGGAGCGCAAGUUCCGCCAGAAGCAGUACUUGUCCAUCGCCGAGCGUGCCGAGUUCUCCAGCUCGCUCAGCCUCACUGAGACGCAGGUGAAGAUCUGGUUCCAGAACCGUCGCGCCAAAGCCAAGAGACUGCAGGAGGCCGAGCUGGAGAAGCUGAAGAUGGCCGCUAAGCCUAUGCUGCCACCAGCUGCCUUCGGCCUCUCGUUCCCUCUCGGUGGCCCUGCAGCUGUGGCGGCAGCGGCAGGCGCUUCUCUCUACGGUGCCUCUGGCCCCUUUCAGCGCGCUGCGCUGCCGGUGGCACCCGUGGGACUCUACACGGCCCACGUGGGCUACAGCAUGUACCACCUGACAUAGAGGGUCCCAGAGUGGCCCAUCUGUGGGGCCAGAUGAUUCUUCCAGCCCUGGUCUUCUGCAAGCAGGCAGGAGCUGGACUUAAGCGCUCUUUGCUCAGCACCACCUGGCGCCUUCCCUGUAACCCCAACACUGCUCCAAUUUCUUCUCCUUGCUCCCCGAGUUCACUCUCUGAAGUCUGAUUCCCUCCCAAAAAGUGGCUGGAAGGGUCCCUUAGCACUCUUCUAGAAUCUAGAUCUACACCCCUUGAGUUACAGAUGGGGAAACUGAGGCUAGAGAGGUUAAGAGAUUUACCCAAGGUUCCCAGCAGAAUUAGUGGUUAAACAAGACUAGAGGCCAUGUUUUCUGCGUAUUUGUUCCCUGUCCUGACACCAGGCAAGAAAAGCGUGGAGAAAUUAGUGUUGGAUGGUUAUGGAAAUGAGAACAGUCUGAGAGAAGGAGAACGUGCCAGGGGAAAUGGAUCACAGCUCCUUCCAUUGGAAAACUUAAGAGAACUCCAACAGCAAAACUUUGGGCGGGUGGGGAUACACAGAUGCAUUACAAAGGUAGGUGAAAGGGACCUCUCUUUUACCAGUACCAGAAGAAAGUUGUAAAAAAAAAUCUGUUUCUAUUUAACAGUACAUUUGUGUGGCUCUCCAGCAUCCCUUUGGAAGGGAUUGUGUGUACUAUGUAAUAUACUGUAUAUUUGAAAUUUU